AUGAACGAAACCUACAGCCCCGCGACACCCCGACCCACCAGCAGCACCAUGAAAAUGUUCAUGGGCUUCCUCGCUGUAUUUAUUGUCGCACAGAUGAUUGGGACCGUACUCUUCUGUUUGUAUCUUCACAUGAAGAUGGAUAAGAUGGAAGAGGUGCUGAGCUUAAAUGAAGAUUAUAUCUUCCUGAGGAAAAUACAGAAAUGUCAGAUGGCAGAAGGUCAGAAGUCAACAUUAUUGGACUGUGAAAAGAUUUUAAAGGGCUUCCAGGACCUCCAGUGCAAGGGUGAGGGAGUCAAGAAGGAGCAGCCCAAGUUCGAAAUGCAGAGAGGCCAUGAGCAUCCCCAUUUGAAACACAAGAAUGAGUCGUUGGUAGAAGCAGAGAAGAGGCAGCCAAUUGCAGCCCACCUGGCAGGUCAGAAGAGCAACAAGGCAGUCUCAGUGCUAGAGUGGAAGACAACCAUGUAUGGUCCUAUGAACAGCAACUUGAUAUCCUACCAGGAGGGGAAACUGAAGGUGAAGGAAGCAGGGCUCUACUACAUCUACUCCCAAGUCAGCUUCUGCACCAAGGCAGCAACUUCAGCACCCUUCACCCUCUAUAUUUAUUUGUAUCUCCCCAUGGAAGAGGACCGGCUUUUGCUGAAGGGACUAGACACACACAGCACCUCCAUGUCUCUUUGUGACCUCCAGUCCAUCCGGGAGGGAGGCGUCUUCAAGCUCCGGGAAGGUGACAUGGUCUUUGUCAACGUGACAGACUCAACACGAGUGAACUACAACCAUGGCAGCACCUACUUCGGCAUCUUCAAGCUGUAG